CGCCGUCAUAAUUUUGAUCACGUGACGCACCUUGCCAUUUUGCACCUUAUGGCUGAUUGUUGACAGGUCACUUCUUUUUAACAAUAAAUGAGUCUGUUUGAUCUCUUCCGCGGAUUUUUUGGGGCGCCAGGGGGCCACUACCGUGGCGGUGACCGGAGGGAGCCUUUCUUUGAUGGGUUGACUCAUGAAGAUGAUGAUGAUGAUGAAGUGGAGGAUGGAUUUAAUCAGGAUUACUUGGAUAGGUUUGACGAUGUGCUCAGAUUCGGGUUCAGUCUUGGGCCAAAUGGAAUGCGCACCCAGGAGCCACAGCUGUUCGGCCAAAUAUUUCGGGACAUGGAGGAGAUAUUUGCUGGUGUAGGCCACUUCGGGCGUGAUUUGCCAAGUAUUGAGGCGCCACUUCAGGAGAAACGAGAGGGAAGCAGCAGGAGAGGAGGGAGUUCACUCAGAGAUUUCAUGUUGAAGAGCCCAGACAAUUCUGCCCGUUAUUCCCCCUCUGUAGCACCUAGAGAUGUGGAUCCUUCAUCACCUGGUAACCCAGGUGUACCUAGGAGCCCUUUCCAUCACUGGACACCAUUCUCCAGGGACAUUUGGAGUGAUGGACCAAGACAAAGGGAGGAAGAAAGGAAAGAGGAUGGUGAUCUAGAUUCUCAGGUAUCAUCAGGGGGACUGGACCAAAUCUUAAAGCCGGCUCCCUCACAGCCAAAAAUUCGAUCCUUCUUUCAGUCUGUAACAGUUACCAAAGUGGUUAAACCUGAUGGGACGGUAGAAGAGAGACGUACAGUCAGGGAUGGCCAGGGUAAUGAAGAGACUACAGUGAUCCGCUCAGGAUUGCCUGAUGGUCAAGAAGGUCCACGUAAUGAGCCCGCUACUCCCACACCAGGUGGUCCCGGGCCUUUCUCUGACAUACACGAUGAGUUCUCCAUGUUCACCAAGUUCUUUGGUGGCUUCAGAAGCUGAAAAGGGAGAGGACUUCUCAGGAUGCGACACAAAAAUAAAGGAAAUGGCCAGAUUACAAGCUGUGUCAACACUAUUUAUCCUCGUUUUGUUUCUUUUUUUUUUUUUCCUUAACUGCUGACUGGCAUUUAUUCAUCCUUUACAUUUUACAUACAUUUUUAUUUUGGGUUGGAGCUUAUAUGUAUGAUUAUAUGUAUACAAGCUUAAUUUUCAGAAUCUAAAUAAAAGAUAUAAUAUAUUGUA